UGCACACGAAUGCUGAGUGCUGCGAUGAGGCAGAGAAGCUGACUGAGCGACGCUGUGCUUGUUGGCUGGAGGGCUGACAGCGCAGAAGCGACUGCGCGUGCGCGAGGCUGCCAAGGCACUGAUUGGCUGAAGAUGACAUCAUCCGGUCAAGCUCUAUUGUGGGAACGAUGAGCUCAUCGUUUAGAAGCCAGUUAGUGAUCGCAGAGUGAGGACAGUGAGGACGCAGCCGCGGCAGAGGACAGCUUUAUCCGUAGCAGCAGCGGACAGAGGACUGUCUGCACACCUGGGACAGACACUGGGACUGGGACAGACCCUGGGACAGAAACUGGGACUGCUCUGGGCUUCUGCUGCAACAACAGGACUGUCCGGCCAUUUCCACAGGGACACUAACAGUGUCCCCUGUUGUGCUGCAGGUAUGGUCUGGUCCCGGCAGAGCGAGGCGGAGCGGCCCGCGCUGUCCGCCAUCCUGCCGCGGCUCUACCUGGGAGCGGAGAGCGACGUCACGCAGGAGCGGCUGGCCUCUCUAGGGAUCUCCUAUGUGCUGAGUGUGAGCCGCUGCAGCCCCCAGCCCUCCUUCCUGCCCUGCUCCAGAUAUCUCCGCGUCCCCAUUGACGACUCUCUGCGGGACGAGCUGCUGCCCUGGAUCCCACAGGCUCUGCGUUUCAUUGAUGCGGCCAUGUCCUCUGGAGCCUCGGUGUUGGUUCACUGUGCAGCGGGAAUCUCUCGCUCCCCGGCUCUGGCUGUCGCUUACAUCAUGUACAGCCUGGGAAUGGACCUGGACCACGCCUACAGGUUUGUGAAAGAGCGUCGGCCCUCCAUUUCCCCAAACUUCAACUUCCUGGGUCAGCUGCAGCACUUCCAGGGCACUCUGUGCCAGAAAGCCUCGGGGGGCGAUCUCCACAUCCAGCAGCUGGACAACCGUCUGCCAUCCAUCACUGACAGUGUUACCCACUCUCCCAUCAGCCAGAACAUGAGUCAUCAGGCUGACAGUGGCAGCAGCGAGGCACACACGGAGAACUGGUAUGACGCAGAGCAGAGAAGGCAGAGACACUCACAGUCAGAUGGAAGUGGACAGCAGCAGGUUUCUCUGUCAGGGGAACUUCAGACUCUUCAUUUGACUCUUACUCCAAUCCAGCAGCAAAUCCAGACACCAUGUGAGCUUCCAGCUCCGAGCCCCUGUGAGCCAGUCCAACCGUUAGCAAAGCCCACACAACUACAACUACAACUCCCAGCAGGCUCUGCUUCUCUAUUAGAGAAACGCAAAAGCCUCACCCUGUCUUUGACCCCGUUGGGAACGUGCCCUCCCUCCGCGGCAAGCAGCAGCCAGCAAGCAAGGAGCACCGACACAUCUCAGAGUGUCCACCAGAGGGAGACGGGACAAAAGGCUGAAGCAAAGACCCGUUGUGACAGUGUCCCCCGCAGGCAGGCCGAGGAUGGCCGCAGGGAGCGGGGGGACAGUGUCCCUCGCAAGCAGGCCGAGGACGGCCGCAGAGAGAGGGGGGACAGUGUCCCCCACAAGCAGGCUGAGGACAGCUGCAGGGAGCAGAGUCCCUACCACAGCCUGGGGAAGGAGCAGGGCCUGCUGUCGCCAUUCAGCUUCACCCUCAACAAGCUGCUGGGCUGGGGGGAGAGGGUGCUGCUGGGGGGCCUGUUUGUUCACCCUGUUAGGAUGGGACAGCCAGCACUGCCCAACAGGUGCUGAGGAGGCCUGACGGGGUGUGUGGGGUGGUGGAGUGGGAGGGGAGAGGGGGGGGUUCUGUUUCUGUUUCUGUCUGUGCAUGUUUGUCAAAUGGAACCAACAACCACACAUACAGUAUGUGGAACAUACAUACAGGAGGUCUGAAAGAACUUUUGUCUUCUAUUUAUUGAAUUAUUUAUUUUAUUGCAUAUAAGAACUAUACUUGACACUAAACCACACAAAUGCAUCUUGUUUAUUACUUGUUGACACGGGUCGGCUUAUCUUGACAUGUGUAAGAUUCAGUUAUCAUAAAAGACUUUUGGCACUAUGGAUUGAGAUGUAUUUACUGAUGAUUAAAGAUGACAUUUCA